AUGCUCCGGCUAAACGAAUACUCCUCGGCCAGAUGCUUCAUUGCCGACACGCAUUUUGUCCUGAACGUGACGAGCUCCCUCCUCUUGGGGAUCAAGCCAAUCGUUCGCACUCUGAUGCCGCCCCAGGACGGAGCAGAAACACGACUGGAAGAUGCAGAAAUGGCAAGACCAGGCACAUCGCCCUUGGCCCACCUGCUACAGGGCCUUGGAGAGUUGAGGGAGGACUUGCUCGACCAGUUCAAGCUGAUCUCCGAAGACAGAGCUUCGGUGGGCAUCAGCGUUCCAAGAGAAGAGGAAGUGCCAAAGAGUCUGCUCUCGGCAGAGCCAGACCAAGCUGGCGGUGGCCGUGGUGGUGCUGUCAAGCCUGCCGCACGCUGGGUCUUGCAGCUGGAGUUGCCUGCGUCAGCUAACUUGGUUCGCCUCUCCGUUCCCCUUGGCUGGAAGGUCGUCGCUUUGGCUCAGCAAAGCACGCGGCGCAUCCACGUGACUUUGGAAACCUUCGAUGCACGCAAAGUGGAGACAGCACCGGAAGCAUCUGAACUUACCGUCUUCGCCGUCGGGUGGAAGUCUGCAUCAGAUGCCGUCCUCCUCCGGGACCGAACUUCCCGCACCUCAGCGGCACGCAGCGCCGCAGUGGCACGGGAGGAAGAAGAGGAGGCGACGUCGCCCAUGAGUCCAGCGCAGCAAACCAUCAGCUGCCAGAGCCGUCGCGAGUUGGAGGUGGUCAAUAGCUGUGGAGUCCUCGGCCGCCUGUGGUUCGAUCAAGGCAAGGGCCGGCCGACCGUUGGCUUCAUGCAGGUUCCCUCCGAUCGGAAGGUGAUCUGCACCGUGCCGGACGUCGACAGCGCGCUGUGCAUCGGAUUGGCGGACCACGAUGGCGUCGCCAAGCCAGACCUCAGCACGUUUGGCCGCUACGCCACACCCUUGCCCGGAGGUUGGGGCUUGGGUACCAGUGAAGAAGACCAAUGCUGCCUGACAGCAUCCCUCUCCAUCGGACAGUACGGCCAAGCUCGUCUGGAGCUCCUUCCACCACUCGAGUUGCAGAAUGCCUCCCAGCUCCCACUGCGACUGCGACUUCUGCCACCACCGCCCUCAGAGGCUGCCAGGGCCCUGGCCGCAGCUGGAUCCCGCAUGGCGGCACAAAUUGCAACCACCGUUCACACAGCACCGCCGCCAGUGGUCGUGCCUCCAGGUGGAACCUACCAAGUCCCCCUGCACAUGCUGCAAAGUGUUGGGCCGGAGGGCUCCCAGCAGUUCUGGCAGGUGCUGGCAGAGUCUGUGACGAGCGUGCAGCAGUCGUCCCUGUCUUUUGCUUUUCCGCUCGGCGGUUCGAUCCUGCGGCUGGGCCGGAAGGAACUGGAGCUGCGGCGCUCCCUGGGGUUGGCUUUGGAAACACGGACAGUGGGCGGUUCGUUCCAGAAAGAUUCCAGCCGCACCACGCUCCAGCGCUACUCGCUCCUGCUUCUUCCGGGCCUGCGCGUGGCCAACUCGCUCCCUGUCUCCUUGCAAGUGUCACUGCAUCGUGGGGAGACGCCUUCCGGUGUCAAUGCCAUGGGCAGCGCUGGUGCAGCUGAAGAGCGAGCUCUGACUGCUUACGGGCUACUCUGGGCGCUCUAUGUCCUUUGCCCCUUCUUCGAUCGCUUGCUGCUGGGUGUGGCCGGAGCGGUGGAUGCCCGGCCGUUGGGGCCCGGAGAUGUAGUGCUUCUGCCUUUGGCAGGUUUGGCGGCGCUGUUGGAGGGACGACUCGCGCUGGGCAUGAUGCUCUUGGCGCACAUCGUGAAGCUGGCUAUGUUUGCCCAUCGACUGCCUUUUGUGUGGGACCACGAAUGCUGGGCCGCAGCCACCGAAGCGUCCUUUGUUCUCGCCGCUGCCCAGGGUGAGACAGGGGUCGUCCAACGCUUUUGGCCAGCAGCGCGAGCACAGCUGUUGCUGCUCUACGCCGGCGCAGCUUUCUGGAAACUGAACACUUCCUUUCUGGAUCACAGAACCUCUUGUGGCACCGUGAUCUUGGCCCAAGUCUGGGCAGCCUACAUGCCGUCCACUCUCGCUGUUGACCUCGCACCGAUGGUCACCAGGCUAGCUCCUUUUGCAGCUCUUGGAGGUGAGGUGAUGCUUCCUCUGGCGAUGGGCUACUUUCCGCGUUUGGGGGUUUUCCUCGCGCUUCUUUUUCACCUCCUCGUCGUGCUGGCACCGGCGCCCAACUUUGCCGGAGGUUUCUCAGUGACCUGUGCAUCGCGCCUUAUCCUUUGCCUCCCUUGGGAGGCUGCUGCUUCGGCCUUGGGUCACAUUUCUCUGGCAGUUCUCGGCGCCGCUCUGGCCUUUGCUUUCAUUCGAAGCGCGGCCUUCGCGAUCUUCGCCGUCAUGUUUCUGGUGACCGUCUCGGCCGUCUUGGCCAGCAGAUUGCGGAAAGGCUCAGGCGAAGGGUCUUCUGCUGCCCUGACCCGGUGUUCCGCCGUGGGCACCUUCGUGUAUGCCUUUGUCCUUCCCGUGCUGGGCCUCCAACACAUGGCUUCGUGUUCCAUGUACGCCAACUUGAAGCACUACGGGGGCUCCAAUCACCUGUUGAUGCCCACUGGGCUGCUGCAGGAUGCGUUCCCGGUGACCUUUGGGAGUGAGCUGCUGCGCGUAGACGAGGCUGCAGGGCUGCUGGCGGCCCAGAACGUUUGGACAGAGAUCGAACCAGAGCUUGCCACGACUUUUCUGCGUGCUGCCAACCACAGCGGAAGGCAGUUCGUGCCGUACUAUGCGCGCAUGGGCUCCUUGGAUGCUGCCGGGGUGGCCUUGCAGGAGGCGAACGCAGCCCUGCCCGUUGUGAUGUCAGCGUUUGAGCUCCGCCGCUCCUUGGCGCUGCUUCGGCGCAGCGGGCAGAUGGCAUCACUGAGCUACGUGCGCCUACCAAGCCACCUGCAAACACCUAAGGAGUGGCUCGCGCACAGGGGAGCAGCUGUCCACGUGCACCCCAACGGAACCUGCACCGUUGAUACCAAGCCGUGUGCAGAGGACGAGAUUGCGCUGCAGCCACCGCCGCCAAGGUGGUUGGCCAGCAUGUUGUUGCCAUAUCCCUAUGCGCUUCUGCCUGGAGAUGAGAAGGAAAUCCACUGCAGCAGCUGA